AUGCACCGACGGGCGUUGGAAGGGAGUGAAAAGGCGCUGGGACGCGAGCAUCCCUCCACGCUCGCCAGUGUCAGUAACCUUGGCUUAUUGCUUUCCGACCAAGGGAAAUAUGAAGAGGUGGAAGCGAUGCACCGACGGGCGUUGGAAGGUAGUGAAAAGGUGCUUGGAUUACUCUCCCUGCAAGGGAACUAUGAAGAGGCGGAAGCGAUGCAUCGACGCGCGUUGGAAGGACAUGAGAAGGUGUUUGGACACGAGCAUCUCUCUAUGCGCAAAAGUGUCAUUCAACUUGGCUUAGUGUUGUUCGAGCAAGGGCAAUAUGAAGAGGCGGUAGCGAUGUAUCAACGGGCGUUGGAAAGCGCCUAA